GCUCCAAAUGUUGCAGAUAGCACAUGGGUGUCAAGGCAACAUUGAAAUGUCAAAGGCAUGACGGCGGGGGGAAUUAGUUUUCUUUUACUUCUCACUGCUGUCAAACUGGCAUAGGACCCGGGACCCUUGACGUUGUAUCUGAGCUCCAUGGGCUGUUCGAUGCGCCGGUAAUGAUCGAAAUCGACGAACGCAACCUUGCUGCGUCUUGGGACACAUUGCGACCUUUUGUACGACAAAACGAGAUGAUGACGAUGAUAAUAACAUUUGUGAGCGGAAGCGGAAAUGACCAAGCAGUUUUGAACGGAGUCCUUACCGCCAGAAACGAUAUCGAGGCUGGUAAGUUGAUGUACGACCUCGGUGCUCAUGACGCAGCGUUCAGGAGGCUUGUGGUAACAGCCGGAAGUCCAUUGAUCUACUUUAACGCAUCGCGACGAGAUUCCGGGAACGUCGUUUGGAGUCACAAUACAGACACAUGGGAGCUGCUAAAUGCGGCUACUUCAGGAAAUGUGAUGAUGAUUGAAGGCGACAUUCGUUUCGACAACAACACCAAGGUUCCCAUCAUGGCUCAUGGCAAGGGUGAAAACAACAACCUCACGUUCGCACAGUGGCUCGACGAGAUUAUCAAGGUCAACAAGGGCAUGAAAUUCGACUUCAAAGAAAUCGAGGCGGUUGUUCCUGCGCUGCUUAUCGCUUCCAGUAAAAGAAACCUCAUUAAGGGUCCGGUCUGGCUGAACGCUGACCUCUUACAGGACCCCAAUGCCCCCGAUCCUCCGGCGGUCGUGCGAUACAUGUUCCUGAACGUCACUGAACUAUUUCCGGACGCCACGUUCUCUAUCGGCUGGACCACUGUCGCUAAAGCUAAAAACACGACGCUGAAAUACACGCAGGCAAUGGUUCAGGAAAUGCACGAGUUUUGCAAGAACAUCGAUCGACCAAUCACAUUCCCCGUACGAGCGGAGCAGUUCAGAGAUUCUUUGGACGAAUUUGAUUGGCUGUUGUCGCAGUCACGUGCCUACUCGCUCACCGUCUGGACGGCAGCUAAUGAUGACGUCACGAAGGCCGAUAUGGAGUUCAUGAAGGGGCAAUUUGAGAUAUCACGUGCAGGGCCGUACCCAGGAAAUGUUGACUGGGGGGGCCCAAAUAGGAAGGGUGCGGGAAGGGAUGCCCCUCCCGAAUAGAUAUUUUUUAUUAGGCACUGUUCAAGGUGAAUUUUAAUGCAUAUAGAAAUAUAUGUUGUGUUAUAAAUGUAUGGAUAUAUAACAAGUAAAUCAGCACCUUUCUGAAGUCUAAAGCUUUAACCAUUACUGGCCGUCCAUAAAGUAUGUCACGCUCCAGGUGGGGGGGAGGGUGAGUAAGAAAGUGACAGUUUGUGCCAUGGGGGAGGGGAGUCAGGCCAUGUGUGAUGUCACACAUUUGUUUAAAAAAUGUAUAAUUUAUUUAUUAUUUCUUAAGUAGAAUUUAAAAAUAAUUUUCAAAAUUUUGUGAAACAUUUGAAUUAGUUUUAUGUCAAAAUAAGACGAAUUGCGUAUCUCCUGAUUCUGUUGUUCGAAUGUUUAAUAGGCAACUUGGCUGGGCCGGCUUAUUCAAUUGACACAACCUCCACACAGAUUUCAAUGACGAAAUAAUUGGACUGUUCCAUUUUUAGUUAGUAAAGGGUUGAAAGAAAAUCUAAAUUAUAAUUUCGUUUUUAUUAGAGGUUAACACGUGGAUAAAUAUUCCUACUGCUCACCGUAACAACCCUACAGUUAUAAAAGCCUGUAAUGUGAAAGUUCUUUUACCGGUAAGUGAAAUUUUAAUACGGUUUUAUAAUGAAUUGAGUUUUAGAUUAAAUUUAAAUUAAGUAUUGAUUUAAAAAGAAUGUUCGAAAGUGUGAGUUUUUGACGUACUUUAAUGGAGGGGGGGGGGGGGGGGUCCAAGAUUUUGUAACAGUUUGUGACAUGCCGGGGUAAAAAUGGUAAAAAAAAAGCGUGACAUGCAUUAUCAACGACCCCUUGGUGUGAAAUUCAUACACAAGUUUAAAGCUUUAGAUUUCAGAAAUGUAUUACACUUUAUAAAGAAUAUAAAAACACCUUUGAAACUAAAAAAUCUUUAUUAUGAAAUGUAACAUAAAGUAUGACUGUAGAGGAGGUUUGAUUUCAAAGAGAAAAUACUACUAUGGUUAUAUGUCAGUAACUGACAUAUAACCUACUAGUAUUUUCUCUUUGAAAUCAAACCUCCUCUAUUUAAAUUUCAAAGUAAAUUCAUUAUAAAAUGUUUAUCAUCUACAACACCGUUUUCACAGAAAUGUUUAAUAAGCUAUGACUCUAGAGGAGGUUUGAAUUCAAAAGAGAAAUCACUAUUAUCGUUCAGACAUACGACCUUCUGUAUCAGUUCCAUCCAUUCGCGGUUUCUCUUUCCUUGUCCAAUCAAAAUACGUGUUACACCCACCAUCAAAAGAUGAAGCAUUGAGCACAAUGGGUAAUUGACAGAUCAGGGAUGUGUGUACAAGGUGAUAAGAAAACAUUGCCUUGGGGCUUAUCUCCACUGGCGAGUAAAAGAGCGCUAAUCCCCUUGUGUAUCAGGGGCAAUAAAACACAUCUGCACAUUUGUAUUGCAGGGAAGUGUACGGUAGGCCCUUUCAUGUGAGAAAAUUUGCAGUAAACCCAUUAUUAAAAAAUCAUAACUCGACAGCCAGCUGGGGGGGGGGGGGCCCGGGCCCCUGGGCCCAGUGCCUGGGUACGGGCCUGACGUGUCUACUUCGACCUUCCCGAGUAUCUCCGACCGUUAUGAUUUUGUGUUCAAUAGACGUUUAUCCGCGAAGAUGUGUAUAACUUGUAUAUUACAACGUAGAUCAAGUUUAUGAUCUAAAGUAAGUUAUUCGGCGUAAUUGGCUAAACCAGAUUUUGACCUUUGUUUACCUUUGUGAAUGUCUAAUAACAUAUCGAGGAAAUUCCCACCAAAUAGGCCGAAUAAAUACAUGGAGUUUUGCAUUUUUUAAAAAUACGUAAAUUUAGCUGAAAAGAAAAACUUUUUUAGAGCAGGUAAUAAAUGAUCCAGUUAAAGUCUGCUUGACGAUCUAUUUUGUGUAGUAUAGCGUAAAGGAUUUCACUGUUUGAAAAUAUCUACUAUAUUGCAGGUUGCAGACAUUUUAGAUUAAAAACUAUUUAUUUUAUUUAAAUUGAAUUGAAUGUUUACUACUUAUUUGAAACGCUCUCAAGUGCGUUUCCUGGGCCUAGCACUAGCACUUGGUGUCUUUGAGAAGAGAUCUACAGAACGCUCCCAACAUUGACGAUCGAACUCGUGACCACCCGGUCGCCAGGUGUACACCAUGUUCAUUACGCCACGGCGACCUUUUGAUGCAGACAUUUUGAUACAACACGUAGACAACUGUUUGGUUCUGAGACAUACAGUAGUUUGUCGGUAUUUGCGUUUGUUAAUCAUUUUAUUAAUCAUGUAUUUGUGUUGUUCCUAUAAAUACUUAGUAUACAAACACAAUUCACUCUCUAUAAUAUAAUUUAAAUAUAAAAACAUUAUACAAGUGUUCAUUAAUCAAUGGUAAUUGCACUGUAUGCAAUGGUGUGAUAUGUGCACAGUUACAUAAAACGCAGAAGAUUCCA